AGUAUUAUCUCAGUUAUGUUCUUCUUUUCUACUUUGGUUGCAGAGAAAGUGACAACUUCUAUUUUUCUCUUCUUACAGGAAGAGGAUGAUUGGAAGGAGUUUGAACAAAAGGAAGAAAUUGAUUAUAGUGGUCUUAGAGUUCAGUCCAUGCAAAUAAGUGAAAAAGAAGAUGAUGAAAGUGAAAAAAGAGAAGAACCUGGUGACAGUUGGGAAGAGACUGGUAGUGGUGGUAGUGUAGACAGAUCAUCUGGUCCUUGGAACAAGUCAGCUCCUGCACCAGCCCCUGUCGUUGAACCAAUUGUUACAGAAACUGCGGAACCAGUGCAGACGGGUGGCGUGUACCGGCCGCCAGGUGCCAGGGAAGGCGGGCGGCCACGGAGAGCGCAGCAAGGACCACCAGAGAUCUACAGUGACACGCAGUUCCCCUCACUGCAGUCCACCGCCAAGCUCGUAGACAGCCGAAAAUACUGAGCCUUCGUAAAGGUUGACUACCUCAGACUUGAUGCACUCAUUGUGGACACCAUGUGGAUCACAACUUCUGGAAGAGAAGGUUACAGCUGUUUUAGUGGCCAUCUGAAACUUGAAACCAGCUCUACUGGAUUCCUGUCAGAAAUCCUGCAGAAGUCAGCCAUUUGGUUCCAAUUUGCUAUAACAAAGAUUUAAGUGACCUUAAUGACAAACCUGUUCGUUCCCCUUCUGAGGAAUCCUGUCACGUGUAGCCAUAGCCUACUAGAGACUUCUGGAGCGUCCCAUACCACUCACACUAUCCAAGUACAACAGAGCUGUAGUUUGUUUACCUUUCUAGAGUGCUGUACGGAAGUAACUGCAAAACAAAUUAAAACUCACUCAGUAUCAGAUUGGAGGAAUGAUGGGUUUGAAUGGUUUGUUUGCAUUAGCCAUUUUCUAAGUUGUCUAAGUGGUUUUUUUUUUCUAUUAUCCACAAAAGAAAUGCCUGCCUUGUUUCUGAUAUGGAUUUGCAGUAUAUUUAAAUAAUGGUAAAAUGUAGUGAAUUAGGGUUUUAUUUUGGUUUUUGUCAUGAAGUUUGUCUUUCUCACCCUAAAGCACUAAGAGUUUUGAUUUGACACAGAGGUAUCCAGACUCCAACUACAGUCUUGAGAAUUUGUCCUUUAAUAAUGAGACAUGUGGCAGUAGCGAUGCUAGAUAAAAACUGUCUUCUAUCAAAAACAAUUAUUUGUUUAUUGAGGAGUGAUGCUUAUUUGAUAAACAGAAUAACUUAAUAUACAGAGAGAUAACUAAAGCUGGUAAGCCUGAUUUGUUUGGCUACUUCUGUGAAGCGUGCAGCUGUCUGAGGCAGCAGUCCUCCAAAUAUAAAUGGUGUUUAUUCACAGUCAGAAAGUAAUGAUGGAAGGCAGUGACUUCUUAAAGUUACUUAAUUUAGUGUAAGUAGGCAAAAUGGCACUGGUACACGAGGAAUAUAGGACAUUGCCUGUAACUGUUUCAGUGAGCCAAACCUGUCAAGUACCAGAAGUGUUCUGCUGUAACUGUUUUUCUCUUCUCUGAAUUUUUACACCAGAAGCAAAAUGAAGUACAAUAGUGGUGUGCUCCAGUGUUGAGGUUUCUCAGAGUAAAUGCCAAAAAAUAGACCCAACAUCCACAAGUGUUGCCAAUGGCAAGAAAAACAAGGGAACAAAACAAAGCUUGCUUACGUGUGUCAGAGUACUGUGUAUGUGCAGAAGAUAAGGAUAGUUCAGGAAUCACCCGGUUGGGUUCCCUUUGACUAACUGCUGACUUGCUUUAAAUUUACUUCUCUGAGGUCAAUGCAGAUUUUGCUGCUGACUUCAGUGGGGCUGGGGUUUCACCUGGUUCUUUUGAGCACAGACUAAAACUGGCCUUGCCCUUGCAGAGUUAACUGUCCAUAAAAAUUCUCCUAGAAGCUGCUAUUAAAGAGAGGGCUCAAGAGACUAUUCCUAAAGUUGGAGACUUCAUUUGGAAACAAAACCCCACUGAAAGACUGAUACCAAUACCUUGGACUCUGAGCCAUGUAUCUUUCUUGAAAAUCCAUUGUUGCCAGCAAAAGUGUUGUUGUCACAAUUUCUGUGGAAUUCAUGGUAAAUGGACAUGUCACUUGAUGGGGUAGAGAUGUGAAGUCUUAUGCUUUUCCUGAUGCUCUAAAGAGAUGUCAAUCACUAAUGCACAUGAACAGAGUUUUAGUCUCCUUUGUGAAGGGUAGAUGAGACUGUCCAUUGUACCACCUUUAUUUGAGGUUUUUGGGCAUGAAUCCUGGCAGUUCAAGAAAACCCUGUAAAAGUUUCAAAUCAAAUAAAAUGGAAAUAUACAUGGA